AAAAAACACAAGCAUGUGUCUGAAUCUCAUACAGAGGCUGCGGUUGUUCCCAUUCCGCAAUCCCGUUGCUCCACAAUCUCUCCAUCCUGUGUCAGUGGCAGCAGCAUCCAGGCGAAGCAAGAGACGAUAUCGUCCGUCCUCUGCUCUCUCCGGCAACGUGAACCGACGACAGUGGAGCAAAUCAUGUACGGGUUCGUGAACCACGCCUUGGAGCUGCUCAUCCUGAGGACGUAUGGAGAGAAUGUCUGGGAGAAAAUAAAGAAGGAAGCGCAGUUGGACCUGGAGGGGCAGUUCCUCGUGAGAUUCAUCUACGACGAUUCCCAGACAUACGACCUCAUCUCCGCAGCCAGCAAGGUUCUAGGCGUGGAAUCUAGCGAGAUCCUGCGCACGUUCGGGCAGAUGUUCGUCGAGUUCUGCCAGGAGUCGGGGUACGACACCAUCCUCCGAGUGCUGGGCUCCAACGUCCGGGACUUCCUGCAGAACCUGGACGCGCUGCACGACCACCUGGCGACGGUGUACCCGGGCAUGCGGGCGCCGUCGUUCCGCUGCUCGGACGUGCCGGGCGAGCGCGCUCUGCUGCUGCACUACUACUCGGAGCGCCAGGGGCUGGAGGACAUCGUCAUCGGCAUCGUGCGCACCGUCGCGAGCCGCCUGCUCGGGACCAGCGUCGACAUGCAGGUGGUCACCCAGAAGGGCGAAGACUCAGACCACGUGCAGUUCAUGAUCCGGGAAAGUGGCAGUAGCAGCGGCGGCGGUGUCAGCGGCGGCGGCAGCGGUGGAAUUGGAGGGGCGGUGUCGAUUGAGGAGACCGAGGAGGGACCUCAGGCCCGUGGCCCUAGGCGCCAGCCACGCUUGGGGCCCAGCACCUUCUGCGACGCCUUCCCCUUCCACCUGAUGUUCGACCCGGAGCUCGUGCUCACGCAGUGUGGACACGCGAUCGCACGUGCGCUGCCGCAGUUGCAGCCCGGCAGCUGUAAUCUGUUGUCCGUGUUCUCGCUCGUUCGACCGCACAUGGAGUUCACCUUCAACGGGAUACUCUCCCACAUCAACACCGUCUUCGUGCUGCGCACCAAGGAAGGGGUUCUGUCCGUGGGCCCUGAUGACUGUGAGCUGUCCGAGGAUGAAGUGGGGAGCCUGAGACUCAAGGGGCAGAUGGUGCACCUGCCAGAGGCUCAGAACCUGCUCUUCCUUUGCUCACCUAGCGUGAUGAACCUGAGCGCGCUGCUUCGCCGCGGGCUGUGCCUGAGCGACCUGCCGCUGCACGACGCGAGCCGCGAGCUGGUGCUGCUGGGCGAGCACUUCCGCGAGGAGUACCGGCUGACGGCUGCCCUCGAGGAGCUCACCGACCGGCUGCAGCACGCUCUGCGCGCCCUCGACGACGAGAAAAAAAAGACCGACCGGCUCCUCUACUCCGUGCUGCCUCCAUCCGUGGCAAAUGAGCUGCGUCACAAGCGGCCCGUGCCGGCGCGUAGGUACACACAGGUAACCCUGCUGUUCAGCGGCAUCGUGGGCUUCCAGGAGGUUUGCUCGCACCACGCCACCGCCACGGGGGCCAUGGUGAUCGUGAGGCUCCUCAACGAUCUCUACACGCGCUUCGAUUGCCUCACCGACCCACGUCGCAACCCUCACGUCUACAAGGUGGAGACGGUGGGAGACAAGUACAUGACGGUGAGCGGACUGCCGGAGCCGUGCCCGCACCACGCUCGCUCCGUGUGCCGCCUGGCGCUCGACAUGAUCGACAGCGCGGGCCGCGUGACGGUGGACGGGAAGGCCGUGCAGAUAACGAUUGGCGUUCACUCCGGCGAGGUGGUGGCCGGGGUGAUCGGACAGAGGAUGCCCCGGUACUGCCUCUUCGGCAACACGGUGAACCUGACGAGCAGGACCGAGACGACGGGACGGCCGGGGAAAAUCAAUGUGUCCGAGGACACUUAUCGCUGCCUCAUGACCCCAGAAAACAGCGACCCCGACUUCCUGCUCCAGUACCGGGGCCCCGUGCCCAUGAAGGGGCGCAAGGAACCCAUGGGCGUCUGGUUUUUGUCCCGGGUACCCCCCAGCGAAACCUAGAUGCGUUCACCCCUGCACAGAGAAUCCAUCGAGCAAGUCCACUCGGCACCCUCACCCAUCGUCUUUGCAGUAUUUCUAUCUCUUUUUCCACUUGUGUAUCCGAGUCGUGCUGGCACCGGGUCAGGGAGCGUGGGCUGCUCUUCCACCGCACAAGCCGUGCCGCUUACGUCACCCUCAAUUCGCGACGUCAAGACGCAUUUAGCCAACACAGAGUUGUCCACUGACCGGCAUCGUGCCUGCACAUGUCACUAGCCCCACCCCUAGCGCGGCUUGGGCCUGAGUCAGAUUCACACGUGGUCCUGUGAGGCCGGUGCAGCGUGUGUCGGUAAUGCGCCAGUGGAAAACCACCCAUACCGUGCUGACCCCGUGCUGGCACGGCUCACACGUGCAAGUGGAAAAAGGCUGUUAGUGUCCCCUUUGCUAUCCUAGUGCGUUUUGUAUAGCCCAAUGACUGAGGGUAGGUUGGUGGAUCGCGUCAAGACGAGAGUUGUGAGUGUUUUGUUUCGAGAGUUGUGAUGGUGAUGAUGACGAUGGUCUGUGUGAGAUUCUCCCCUCUUCUAGUUCAUGGGGAUUUGUUGGACGAUGCUUCACGAUGCAGGUCAGCGCAGGUUGGUGAAGUGGUGGCGGGGUGAGUGGGUGGGCCCAUAACUGGUUCAGAUUCCACUCAUCUCUAAUGGGAGACACGGCCUGGAAUCAAACAGUUCACUGGGUUCAUAGAACACUGCACCACUGCUCCUCCACAUCUAUUCUAUAUUCUUAAAAACUGUCUAUUUGGCCAGUAUUGUAAUCGCAUACGAUAUUUGUGCUCAACUCAGUGCUGUAAUGUAUUAUAUAAGUGUUAUUUUUUGUCAAUGGAGAUUAAUAUAAUUAUUGUUUUUAAUAUGAAAAAAUAUUUUUGCCCAGGGGACGCUGCCACAGUGGCGUAAUGGUGAGCAUCAACAGACUUGCAACGGAGAGGGCGCCGGUUCGAUUAUAUCUCCUGGCGUGGCAGUUUGAAACGAUGCCACGCGAUGUUUCAUUUUCCGUCCCUCUCCCAUCACCUCCAUCCUCCCCGGAAAGCCGACUCGACUAAGCGCGUCGUCCACAUUCAAGUUCAGCCGCCACCGUGCCCGCCACUCCAGCACGGUGUGUGUACGCACAUUGAACUUUGAGAUUCGACGCGACAAUUCCAGAAGGAAAAUUGGCGCCGGAUUCCUUCUUUAAAAUCUUUCAAGCAUAAACGUAUGUGGAACUUCUUUGGCAUCGUACGUGGCCCAACCGUGCUUAUCCGGAGGUUCCAACAGUGGAGGCGAGGAUUGGUCGAUCGCACAACCGUUGUGAAACUCCUUUCCCGAGGUAUCAUACCCGUGGCUCGCCAGCAGAAGGCAGUGCAGCAAGUUGUCCAUAAUAUAACUUUUUUUUUAGAUUGGAUCGCGUAAAUAUCAGUGUCGUUAAACCCGCCACCACCCGAGACAGCCAAUUAGGAAGGUUUGUCA